UGAGGCAUCAUGGCGGAGCAGAAGGAGCAGAAGGAGGAGAUGGAGGUGAUGGAGGCUGAGCAGAAGCAGCCAGCGGGAAGCUACCAGCUGCCCUGGGUGGAGAAGUACCGGCCGCUGCAGCUGCAGCACGUGGUGGGAAACCACGAGACCGUCAGCAGGCUGCAGGUGUUCGCGCGGGAGGGGAACGUGCCCAACAUCAUCAUAUCCGGCCCCCCCGGCACGGGGAAGACCACCAGCAUCUUGUGUCUGGCUCGAGCUCUGCUGGGAGGAUCCAUGAAGGAAGCAGUUCUGGAGCUCAACGCCUCCAACGAGAGAGGCAUCGAUGUGGUGAGGAACAAGAUCAAGAUGUUUGCUCAGCAGAAAGUGACGCUUCCUAAAGGACGACACAAGAUCAUCAUCCUGGACGAAGCCGACAGUAUGACGGACGGGGCUCAGCAGGCUCUGAGGAGAAUCAUGGAGAUUUACUCAAAGACGACUCGCUUCGCUCUCGCCUGCAACGCGUCAGAUAAAAUCAUCGAGCCGAUCCAGUCUCGCUGCGCCGUGCUGCGUUACUCCAAGCUGACGGACGGACAGAUCCUGUCCCGGCUGCAGGAAGUGGUGGAGCAGGAGCGUCUGUCCGCGUCCGACGACGGGCUGGAGGCCGUCAUCUUCACGGCUCAGGGAGACAUGAGACAGGCGCUGAACAACCUGCAGUCCACUCACUCCGGCUUCGGAUUCAUCAACAGCGACAACGUGUUCAAAGUGUGCGACGAGCCCCACCCCCUGCUGGUGAAAGGCAUGCUGGGACACUGCGUGGAGGGGAACAUCAGCGAGGCGUACCGCGUGGUGGAGCAGCUGUGGGCGCUCGGUUACUCCCCCGAAGACAUCAUCGGGAACAUCUUCAGGGUCUGCAAGACCUUCACCAUGGCCGAGUACCUGAAGCUGGAGUUCAUUAAGGAGAUCGGUUACACACACAUGCGAGUGACUGAAGGAGUGAACUCUCUGCUGCAGAUGGCCGGUCUGCUGGGUCGACUCUGCAGUAAGACGGCGCCCCCUGCUGGCUGCUGAUGGAAACGUGUUCAGCUUCAGUCUCUGCUGAUAUUCUGUUUUAGAAAAAUGUAAAAAACUCUAAACUUUGUAAUAAAUCUUAUUUUUGUCGA